AUCGUGGCUGUUUUCAGGCGUAUGUACAAGUAAGCUGCACUUGGCGCAUCCAGUCUUUACUCUUCAACUUCGUCGUCUUCAAUCAUUCUCACAUCACCCUCUUUUGCUCGACGCACUCUCCGACAUCCUCUUCGCCUCUGUUCCUUUCCGCCGGCUCACUCUCUUCGGUCCUUCCAGCGGGUACAACCACAUCACUCCGCCAAGCGCGUGUAUAUCUGGACUCUGGGCUUUCUGCACGUUCUGGCAACUUCACAUUCCUUAUAUUGUGCCUUCUCAGCAAGUCAUCCCUCUUGCAUCCUGCAUCCGGCGCAUCUAGACCACUGUCUACCUAGUGUCCAUCACAACAUUGUCUUCGGGCGAUCGAUUCGUUCGACUUUUCGGCUGAACCAUACCAAUAUUUGAGCUCGUACCUGGCCUACCUGUCGACCUCUUCAAGGUCAUAAAUAAAAGACAAGGCAGAGCCCUCUUCGGACCCCUCUUUCUCUCAUCAUAACGCUCCUUAUAACACGACAGCGCCAGCAGCAUGCGCACCUUCCUUGUCUCAGCACUCCUACCUGCGCUGUUUCUUUCGGCUGCCACUGCCCACCCCCAUGGUCUUCCCCAAGCCGCCCAGCACGAGAAGCGACAGGAUGACGCCAGCCCAAGCAGCGCGACUUCUGGAUCUGUGCCCACUGGCGUCGCUCUUGGGGUGAGUCUUGGCCUGGAUGACAGCUCUUCCACUGUCACCACCUCCGCCACUUCUACCACAUCUUCCUCCGACGCCGUCACUACCUCCUACACUCCGGUCUCGAGCUUAUCCUUUGCCUCUGUCACCGCCGCCCCUGCCAUCACUGCCUCUUCCUACACCACCCUGACCAACAAAAUUUCCGACGUGCUCUCGAGGAGUAAUGAAAUCGCCGUCCAUUCUUGGGAGCUGGGCACCCUCAUCAAUACUCUUCUUGAAGUGUACAACCCCGGUCUUAUGCCAUUCGGUUGGGACAGUGGUGCUGUCAAUGAUGAGGAGGUACCUUGGAAUGCCCUCGAGAUUGCUCGUGAUACCAUCUCCCACUACGACUGGACUGGCGCGCCCAAUGCCACAACGGGCCAAGAUAUCAGCCUUUACCUCGACAACAGUACCACCCCUCAGUCUCAUCAUUCCCAGGCUUUGAUCGGUGGCGAUGGUGCUCUGGGAGACCCCGUGUCGUUGGUGCCAGCUGUCUGGCUGUUGGCCGAGUACGCCCAAAAGGACGAGGUGAAGAGCAAGCUCCAGCUGAGGGAUGCGGACGACUAUGCUUGGGCAGUUGGGAACCAGCUCGACUAUCUGUUCAAUGGUCCCACCAGUUCUAACGGCACCAUCUCUCAGCGGGAAGCCAGCUUUGAGCUUUGGGCGGAUAUGGGCUACAUGGUUUCUCCCUCUCUCGCUUACCUUGGCCUCACCACCAACAGCUCUAACUUCCUCACCAAGUCCCUCGAGCAAUUUACCCUCGAAAGCUCGGCAUUGCUCGAGACGAUUCAUGGUGUCUACUUGCAUAUCUUGAACGGGGAUGCCAGUCUAUGGGCUACUGGUAAUGGAUGGAUGGCGUAUGGCUUGAUGCGAGACCUUGCAUCCGUCUCUUCUGCGGGGCUCGACAGUGCUGUUGGGGAUUAUGCGACCAACACCAAAAACACCAUCUCUGGUGUCUUCCAAGGUCUCUUCUCUCAGCUCGAUGAUGACAGCCUUAUCCCUAACUAUAUGCACCAGUCCAACGCCACACUCGCCGUAGGCGACACCUCCGGCACAGCCCUCACCGUCGCCGCUUACUACCGCUUCCUCAAGCUCGCGCCCGAGCUCACCAACGACAACUUGACCACUCUGGCGGAGCAGGCGUUUGAUGGAGUUGUAGCCAAAAUUGAUGAUGACGGCUGGGUGACUCACGCCGUGGACCCGGAGGGCACUUAUGGUUGGGUUGUGUAUCCCGAUGACCUUACUUUGCACUCUCCAGAGGCUCAGGCGUUUGCGGCGCUCAUGUGGAAGGCGCGUACCGAUUAUGGGCAGUAAGCUGCUUGCUAGGUAACGCUGCGGACUUGCCUUUAUCUUGUUUCUCUUACAUCUCUUUUCGAUUUGAUUGUGUAUCAUUCAGCUGGACUGGCCAGACGGACUAAUAUCUCUAUCUAUUACCCACUUCGCUUGCUACCCCCUUGAGCCGAGCAUCUUUUGUAGCCCUUCUUCGACUUUUCUUAUCCUACUAUCUACACUCCUAUUACUAGCAUGCAUUCUGCAAUUAUCGUAUCUG